CUCUUAUUAACUGAACCUAACCACCCUUUUCUACUCACCUUCAAUGCCUUAAGGCAGAGUUUUGUCUUCUGCCUUAUGAAAUUCUUUCUUUUUUUUACUGCGCUGAAGUUCGAAUCCAGAACCUCAAAAAAUUAAGCGAAGGAUUAAAAUUAAAAAUCACCAAUUUGAGGGCCAAGAAUUAAAGACCACCCCAAAAGAGGGACAAUCCGCGCAAAAAAAUGACAUCCAUCCGAAGAAGCCCGAAUUCUAAGUAAGCACCCGUUUCAUAACAGGCCCAACAGCCCGAACCGAGAUUUAGUUACCUUCCCUUGAACCCUGAAAUCUGAAUCUCACCGCUCCCUAUUGCCACGAAUCCUGUAAACCAGUGGGAUACACAACACAAAGCAAAAAUCAUGGCUAGGCGCUGCAUAUCAUUUUCUCGAACUCUUCUCUCCAACAGUAGACCAUCAACAGUCAGUUCCUCACCAAGUUUACAAUCCCUUCUCGGCCAGCGCCCUCAGUCUCGCCGUUCCCUUUCCACCAUCCUCACCAGGAGUAAUGGAGUACUAGGAUGCGCGCAAUCGUUACUACCACUUCACAGUGCGGUGGCAGCCAGCCGUCUGACAGCCCAAAUCCAAAUGGAGGCGCGGACUUGUUGCCAGUUGUCUCAGGGUAGUUCAGGCUGGACUUGAACAUAAUUUAGGGCAUAAAUUGGUCCCACAGUGACACUAAUGAUCCCAUGGUAAUUCGAACAUCUGAUAAAGUAUUCUGCCUUUCACUUAAAUUUAUAGACAUCUAAACAAAUCACACAUUUUUGCAGUGUUUCCCAAACAUAAUAGGAUUUUAUAUCUCUAAUUAUAAAACACAAGAUGGAGAAGUCUUUCAAGAGUGUAAUAUAGGUAAGAGGAGGCUAAGAAGGCUAUUAGCAAAGUUCGACAGGAAGACCUUGAUGUCUUGUACCAAAAGUUGGUGACCGGGGAGAAAGAAAUGAUGAAACUAGCACUCCUGAGAGAGAAGAGGAGUAAGGACUUAAAACUAGGUGAAGUGUGUUAAAAGAAGAUUCUCAACAAGCGCUGACGGGAGAUAAUGAGAUCAAAGAAAGAUGGGGAGGCUAUAUGGAUCAAUUGUUCAACUCGAACCUCCGGAAUAACUUCUUAGAUCUCUAUACAUCUGUGUGGGAAGGAAACUUUAGCCACACUCACAGAGUUGUACCGGCAAAGGUAAAAGAUGUCGUGAAAAAUAUAAGGACUAGAAAAGCCUGUUGUCCAGAUGGUAUCCCCAUAGAGGAUGGGAAGUGUCUUCAAGAGGCUGGAGUAGGAUUUCUUAAAAGCUUACUUUGAAGGGAAGGAACAAGAACUGAGUAACAGAGAGAAUCCAUAACAGAGAGGGAAAAUCAGGUGAUGGUAAAUGAAGAGGUCCUCUGAUUGAAGUACAUGAAGAAGCUUUUAUCUCCUUAAAAACAAAUGAAGAAGCUUUUCUCAGGAAAUUGAAGAGCUCCGUUCUGGACGGUUGAUUGAUCUGAAGUUCUUUUGGGAUAGAGUCAUUGCAUGAUAAUGAGGUUAAGGAUGGCAAUACUUUAUGUAGUUGCUCUACUUCUUCUUUUAUGUAGUAUAGGAUGUGUUUAAGAAACUGAUAAGAUGCAAAAAGUGUUAUGCCAUCUUUUAGCCACGUAACUGUUAUAUGGAUCGUUUGUUGUCUGAGUAGCUUAUAAUCUGUUUGUGUUCUGGUAAAGUUUUUUGUCAGUUCAGGUCAUUUGUUUUUUGGAAGUAAUACUAGUAUGGUAUUUAAUAAUUAUUAGUUCAAUCAUUCGGACCCGCAAGGGUGGAUCAGUUGGUUGAGCAUGGGGCUUUCUUAAUGGAGGUCUCAGGUUCGAAACCCUCUGCUUAAGCAACAGGAGAUUUGCCUUCUGGGUCGAGCUCGUUGCAUGGGGCUUGCCUAGUGCGGGUUAUCUCUUAUGUGUGAUUUGUGAGCUAUUGCACAGGAGCUGGGUUUACCCUGUGCGCACCCGAAGGGUAGUGGCUGCGGGUUCCCAUGUUAUUAAAAAAAAAAAUUUAGUUCAAUCAUUAGGAAGUUAAGAUUCAUGAGAUCUUCACUUGUCACAACUCAUACUGCUUCUAGCAACAUCACCCUCUUUGUGUUUUGUUUUCGUUUUGACCAAUUCUUCAUACUUGCUGUUCGCAGCUUAUAGAAUUAUUGUUCU